AUGGCAACACCUCACCUCGACGCCCUGCGCCGCGAUGGCUUCGUAGUAGUCCGCAAUCUCCUCACCGCAGAAGAAAUCACGCACUACCGCGACAUCGCCACAAAAGCAACCACCCUAACAAGAACCGGAAGCUGGCCACACUUCCGCACAGGCGGAAUCUGGGGCGUCCAGCACCUCCUGCACCCGGAAAUGCCAGGCCGCGACAGUUUCGCCCAGUGCUACUUUUCACCCUCGAUCCUGGCCGUAGCCGAGGAAUUGAUGGGCGUGGAUAGCUCCCGUUCCCCGACGAGCUCUGCCGAGCCGCUCGUUAUGGAAUUAUUUAACCUCUUGGUCGCGCCCGAGACGAAGGACUUCGAACUCCGCUGGCACAGAGAUGAUAUCUCCGAGCAGGCAACGGCUGAAGAGGAGAUCGCUCAAUUGGCCGCUAAGGCGCCGAACGGGCGACAGGGUCACUGCCAGUAUAAUCUGGCGCUGUGUCCUGAUGCAUCGCUGAUUGUGGUCCCCGGUACGCAUGGGCGGGCGCGGACACAGACGGAGCGGGAGGCGGAUCCGUAUGCCGCUUCUUUGCCUGAUCAGCUGGUUGUUGAGCUGCAGCCUGGCGAUGCGGUAUUUUACAAUAGUAAUAUUCUGCACCGGGGUGUUUAUCGGGGGAAGGAGGAGGGGGGUGUGGAGACGAGAUUGACGCUUCAUGGGAGUCUUGGGUUGAAGGCUGAUGGGGAGGGAGAGGGGGAUGCGGAGGAGAAGAAGAAGGUUCGGGCGACUGCUGUCUUGCAGCAUGGAGUUGGGGCUUGGGUUCAUCGGGAUGAUGCUGCUUUUGGGGUCGGGGAGAGGGCUGAGAGGAUGAGGGCUAAUCUGGUGGAGAUGGGCACUGGGGAGGGAAUUGGCUUUUCUUUGCAGGGAUAG